UUUUGAUCCAAACAUUGCCUUUCGAUCUCCCUUUCCCACCUCUCUCUCUCUCUCUCUCUCUCUCUGUGAACUGUGCUUGUGUCUGCAACUGCACUCUUGGAUGAUGGUUCUGCGAAAUCUUAAAGAAGAAAACAAGUGAAAGCUAUAAAAAAAAAUCCCAAACUUAUAUCCACAAUUGGAACGCCCACUAAAGAGAAGGAAAAGAAAAGAAAAAAAGGGGAAAGAUAACAUUUUCCACUUUCCAGAACCAUGGUAUUAAACGAGAUAAAGGAAAACCCUUUAGAUCUUUCUUUUCUUCCCCUCCUCCCAGAUCUCUCACCUUCACAAGACCCUUCAAUAUAUAGGUUAUAAAUGGUUUACACACAUUUCUCCAUGAAAGCGAGGUUUAUAGUGAUUUUUGGCACUUGUGUUCACUUCAAAAUAGAGAAAUACCAUUAAUUUUAAAGAUCUCUCUCUGUGAUAUAGCAAUUUUUCUUUUUUUUUUUAAUGUUCAUUUUUAUCUGUUUUGAAUUUGUUUUAGAAAACUGAGUUGGGGUUUUUGAGAUGGGUAGCUCUGAUGACCCCAACAACAACUCCAAGGCUAUUGAUGCGUCGGUGGGCGGGUUAGUUUGGGUCCGACGUCGAAACGGUUCAUGGUGGCCAGGCCGUAUUAUGGGUCUUGACGAAAUUUCGGAGGGUAGUUUGGUUUCGCCAAGAUCAGGCACUCCCGUCAAACUCCUCGGCCGAGAGGAUGCCAGUGUGGACUGGUAUAAUCUUGAAAAAUCUAAGAGGGUGAAAGCUUUUCGAUGUGGGGAAUAUGAUGAAUGUAUUGAGAAGGCCAAGGCAAAUGCAGCAAAUGGUAAUAAGAAAGCAGUGAAAUAUGCGCGGAGGGAAGAUGCCAUUCUUCAUGCCCUUGAAAUUGAGAAUGCUCGCCUGGGGAAGGACUGUAUUGAUUUCUUUUCUAGCACCAAUAAUUCAGUUGGUGAGGUUGGUAGUUCAGCCAAAGAAUUGGCUAGCAUUUCUGGUUCUGGCAAAGAAGAUGUGGGUAUGACAGAGGAAGAGAGUGAUUCUGGUGCUACCAAAGAUAAGUCAGAUUCAGAUUCAGCACCAGAAUUAUCUCAAUCUGGUAUAUCUUUCGAAGAGCCAAAUCAUUUUGGUGCUUCUAAGGUGCAAUCUGUACAGGGAAAGAGAAGAAAAACCCCAAAUGAUUCAGAGGAUGAUGGAACAGAAGGAAUAAAGCGCAUGAGAGGACUUGAGGAUCUUGGAAUGGUUGUAGGAGAUUCAAAUGCUGGAAAUUGCUUGUCAAAUGGCAGUCCCAUAAAUGGUAGCAAAGGUUAUAACUUGUCCAUGAAAAGAAAGAGAUCACAAGUAGCAAAUGUUCAUGAACUCUUGAAAAGAAAAAAUCGUUGUCGACCAUUGACGAAGGUAUUGGAGAAUACAGCGAUGGUAUCUGUUCCAGUUAUUUGUGAUCGACUUCCCAAUUCAAGUGGCUCACCUCUUAAUGGAUUUUCUGACAGCAAGGUUUCUGGUAUAGAUUCUAAUGAGUCUAGAAAAAGCAUUUGUGUUGUAGUUAAUAAUAACUCAGAUAGUACUGGAGUUUCAUGUGAGAAUGGUGCAUCUUUGAAUCCUUCCGAACAUGCUUUCGAUGCUUCCCACAUUGAUUACAAGUUGAGAACAGAGAAUGAUGCUCCUGGUGUAUCAGGAUUUACCGAGAAUGAUUCAUUAGACAGGUUAUUUGAUGUGCCAUUUGUUGGGGAGGAUAAACACUCAGCAGGUUUUUCUCCUAUGGUUGUGUCUUCCUCAGGAAAGCAUCAAGUUGGUGGAUUGGGGAGGCAAUCUAGUCAAAGUAGUCAAGCAGAGGCUGUAUCUCUGAAAAACGAGGGACUCAAUGAAUCUGUUUCUGCCAGUUCAGCGGCUACUCAUGCGAAUAAUAUCAGCCAGAGGAUGGAGAAAGGCACAUCAAAGUGGCAGUUGAAAGGAAAGAGGAAUUCAAGACAUAUCAAUAAAAAUAGAAAACAAGACAAGAGAAAAUAUAUGGCUAUGGAUGAUGAACCUGAUGCAUAUUUGGCAGGUAUAGAGCACUUGGAUGGAUUCUUUUCAGGUUCUGAUCAGAAAGUGGAUUGUGAUGGCACUAGGAGGUCCCUUGCUUCAUACAGUUGCAACUUGCAAGUGAAAACCAAACAGAUUGCUGAUGACGAGGUAGACGGAGUUCAGGAUUGGAGCAAACCUUUUUCUCUCAGGGAAUCUCAUAUCAGAGGAGGAAUGGUAGAGGUGUCUUUGCCCCCUCAAAGGUCACUUCCCUAUCGUCAAUCACGCUUCACAGUAAACUCCAGAUAUCAGAUGUCAGAUUUUCCUGGCAGAAAUAUAAAUGAUUCUAAACUUUAUGAUGUUAAGGUUGAGGUCAGAGCAAAUUAUCAGCCACAGAAUGUUCCAUUGGUUUCCCUUAUGAGUAAAUUGAAUGGUAAAGCCAUUAUUGGUCGCCCUCUAACAGUUGAAGUUCUGGAUGAUGGCUACUGUGAUCUUAUCGGUAGCAAUGAAUGUGAUCCAACUCAUGUAUCUGCUUUGGAAGGUACUGGACUGGGCCAUGCAGCUAUGCGAAAUUCAGAACCUGGAAGGAUUCCUGCCAAGCAUAUGACAAUGCAACUACGUUUUUCUCCAAGUAAGUCACCAAAAAGGAAAUGUGGGCUUUUGUCUAAAAAGAUCCGGAAACUAUCUUCAUUGACGGGUAAUAAAGAUGAAAGGAAACCAGUGGUGGAGAAACUCAGGGGUCCCGUUAUAGUUUGUGUCCCUCUUAAAUUAGUAUUUAGUAGGAUAAACGAGGCAGUGAAUGGUUCGGCACGACAAACACAUCGUGCCUUAACAUCAAGCAACUCAUGAAUUUGGUUUUUUGAAAAACUUGCGGAAAGUGGAAUUCUGUCCAUGAAUAUGGUUUAUUGGUGUUCUGGGAAUUUUAUAAUUACAGGGAUCUCAGGUUAUUCAAAACCAUGCUUGGUCAGUGGCAAUAUGCAGAAUUCCUCUGUAGAAUUUCAUGGCCAAUUUCAUUGUUGUAGAAAAGGAAGUCUAGGAGUAAUAUGGAUGGAGGCUGCUUUGGCUGUGUAUAUAUGUAACAUUAGUUGAGAUGUAAAGAUGGUGAUCUGGUAUUAGGCACUCGUGGCCUGAUAUUAGGUUUAAUUUAUGAAUUCAGGGUUGGUUCA